GGACACGAAUUUUCACCAAUAAGUCUUACUUAACCUAACUUUAUUCAUAAAUUUUGAAAUUGAAACAUAGAAGACGAGGAAAUUCUCGAUUGACGCAUGAAGUUUGAGAUAACGUCACAUGCCCGGUUACGUAUUCGACUUGCUGCGGUUCUGAAGCCUUUCUACCGAUAAACAGCACUUCUAACACGCCUUCGACCUCAGUCACCUUGAAAAAGUAAGCUACAGUAGCCUGGAACAGCCAAGAUAAGGUACAACUUUCCUAGUCUUUCAAAACCCCAUAUAGUAUGGCUUCGAGGGGCACAAUAACCAUGAAGAACAUGACCACAUUAGGUAAAGUACUGAGCAGAAGAAACUUCUCCACUUCAAAGGCUUUGGGAGCCAAACAGCUUACAGUAAGAGAUGCCCUGAACUCAGCUAUCGAUGAAGAAAUGGAAAGGGACGAAAGAGUUUUUGUUAUGGGUGAAGAAGUAGCUCAGUACGAUGGGGCUUACAAAGUUACAAGAGGACUGUGGAAGAAAUACGGAGACAAAAGAGUUAUUGAUACCCCUAUAACUGAAAUGGGCUUUACAGGUAUCGCCACGGGGGCGGCUAUGGCAGGCCUCCGCCCCAUCUGCGAGUUCAUGACCUUCAAUUUCGCCAUGCAAGCCAUAGAUCAAAUCAUCAAUUCGGCGGCAAAAACUUUUUACAUGUCUGCCGGUAGAGUAAACGUUCCUAUUGUAUUCCGGGGCCCUAAUGGAGCUGCAGCAGGUGUGGCAGCUCAGCACUCUCAGUGUUAUGGCGCGUGGUAUGCUCACUGUCCUGGUCUCAAAGUAAGAUCACUUUUCUAAAACUUUUACAAUGUG